UUCGUUCUAACGAAGACGUACGAGAUAAGGUAUUUAACGCUAACGAAAAGUUUAAAUUGUCGUGGUUAAAUUCGUUCGCGAAGUUCGUUUAAAACGGGUCAUUGGCGUAAUUCAAAAUCGCCGAGCAUAAUGGAAGGCAACCCUCACGGGCUCGAUCUUAUUUCCAGAUUCUCGCAUUAUGCACCAUGGCAGCUGGAAUUAGUAGGUUGAGGUAAUAAGUAACAAGCGACGGCGGCGCACGACGGCAGGCAAUCUAUUUAGAAAAGAAUCCAGGUUUCUUAAGGCCAUUCAACGGCCCAUAAUUCCAACUCUUUAAAGCGUUUCACCUUUACCACUAACGUGAAACUCCUUUUCGAUACGAGCGAGGCUCCUCGUCUUCACGUAACGAGCGGGUCAUAAUCUCGAGUCGACGCGUCACUAUUCUUAGAUCUGCUAUUCUCCACCUUCUCGCCUUUCUUUCUGAUUUUCUGCCCUUUCUUAUCUUUUCCAUUUGCAAAAACGAUGAAACUCCUCCCGUUUAAUAGCCACUCGUGCUCCAAGACAAUUAUCGGAUGCCAUCCUCGCGCUUGCUGGAUGAUCACGUUCGCGAAUUUCAAUUCGAGACGAUCUUCGCGCAGCAAUAUCGCGCUUUUACUCUGAACGAGAGAUCGUGAGAAAUUGCAUGCGUUUCAGGGCUAAAUCCGUGCUCGCUUUUGCAAUCGAAACUUCCUGCGACUAUGUUAACGGAAUGACUGCUCGCUUUCCAGAGCACGUAGCCAGCCCAUGCUUUUUAGUAUCCCUGUGUUGUCAUUAUAACGUUCAAACUGCGCUGUAAAAGAUGGAUGCUUAUGCUGUAAUGUACAGAACAGCUGAUCGAUCUGACUUUCCUCAACGACAAAUAUACAUCAUACUACUUUCCAAUUGCGUCAUCCGAAACUUUCUUGUCAAAUUUACUACUCUCGAAUAGCCCAUGCAAGUAAUCUUCCAUGAGCGAAAAUAAUUCCAAUCUUUACCAUGAAAGGAUCAAAGCAUACGUAUAUAUCUAACAGAAUGAUGAAACGUAUCGAUUAAAUUGAUAUCAAUAUAUCCAUGAAACAAGCAGCGCAAUUGAGAAAAAUGAUCUUGCAUAGACCUUCUAUCAGGACUUUCUUGCGCUAUACAACUAAUAUUAUCAGUCAAAUUAAUUAGUCACAAGUUAUCAAAUACCCAGUAGAAGUUCCAUGACAAAAUAAUCCAAGCUAUCGGUCUUACGAAAUUUUACAAAUUAGAAAUCGCGCAAUGUACAAAAUAGUGCAAUGCACAACAUGUCACCUGUCGAUUCGCUAAUAUUAUUAGUAAAUUAUUACGAACAGAGCCCAGCUGUUAGUCUCCCUAAAGGAUCAUCAUUGUUAGAGCAUUAUUGCUAAUAAAUCAUCCCUAUUGCACCUGUGCCUUGUAUACGACCGGAAAGAAGUCAACAAUUGCAUCGAACGAUCUCGUCGCGUAAAUCAGCGUUGAGCUGUUUCGUUAGCGCGAUCUGUGAUAUACGUCGUGCACCACGCCUGGACACGAGAGAGUUAGAUAUCGUAGGUGACCAGGUAACCCGGGUGGUGCCUGGUGUUGCACUUGGUGUGGCCUGGCGUGUGGAUACCGAGUGUGUAGGCCAAGAUGGUGGGGCGGGUGGAGUAGGAGGCUGCUCUCUCGGCCGUUAGACAUGGACGAAGCCCGUGGAAUACCCGCAAACAACCUACAACGUGCAACCUCUGUAUCGGCGAGGUGGCAAGGGGGAACCCCCUGCCUGUCCCUAAACCAGCUGGUGGGACUACCUUCGGUCUAUGCUGGCCGCUGGUACGACGUGGAUUAUAGUUUUUCUGGGGGGAGGGUGGUGGAGCGCCUUGCUUUCGAAAGGAUGGUGAUUGUGGAGCGUAGCCAGAGUAGAGUUAGGCGUAUAUAAGGCCCGCCGGCCCGGCCCAAGUCAGUCAUUCACCGGACUACUAGCCCACCAUACACACACCAAACAUGAAGGCCUUUGUUGUGUUCGCCUGUCUAGCAGUAGCAACGGCCCGUGCCGGAAUCGCACAUGGACCUGGCAUUGCUCUUGCUGGAGGUCAUGGCGUUGGCGGCCUUGGAGUUGGUGGAGGUCUCGGAGUUGAUCUUGGAGGAGGCAUCGCUGGAGUUGGCCUAGUCGGCGGAGGUGCUAGUCUCUCCGGUGGACUUGCAGCAGGUGCUGGUAGCGCAAGAUCUCUCCAAGAGGGAGCGUCCAGCUUGGGAUCCUCAGCUCUCGGUGCCAGCUAUGCCGCUGGAUCCGCGGCGGCGGCUGGUGCUGCUGGUGUUCAACAGAUUGUCUCUGGUGGAGUGAUCGGAGGCAGGGCUGACAUUGGACCCGCUGAAGGACCCAAGGCUAACGUUGGACCCCAGAGUGGACCAUCUGACAGCGUAGGACCCCAAGAAGGUGCCAAGAACGUUGGUGGACCUCGUACCGGCCCAGCUGGUCUCGUGGGACCUGCUACUGGUCCAUUCACCUCCUUGGGUGCUUCUGCUGGUACCGCCACCAUCGUUGGACCGUCCCAGGGUCGUGCCAACUUGGUAGGACCAUCUACGGGAGGUGUAGCCUUCUAUGCUGGCAGUGGCAACAUCAACGGUGACGACGGUAGCUCUGGCUCUGCCGCUGCUGCUGCGCCUGGUGGUCUCGGUGGCGCUGGACUCGGACUCGGUGGUGCUGGUGCCAUCGCUGUUGUGGGUGGUGGUGCCGGAAUCGGCGCUGGAAUUGGCGGACACGACGGUGGUGUUGCUGUGAUCAACGGACCAUCUGGCGCCAUCCACGCUGGACUCGGCUCUCACGGAGCUAUCAUCCCCGCGGCACUUGGCAAGUACUAGACGUUCUAAAGCCCCAGCGAUCUCGGCUCGGCGACGGCGGCAAACCCACCACAGUCACUUACCGGUCUCAAACGAUCCUCAAACGCGCUCAACGUCUUCUUCCCAAAGCUUCGUCUAAUCUAGGAACAUGGUUAUAGCGCCGGCGUUAGUGGUGUAGUCGGUAUAUAGUCAGAAUAUUCUAAUCACAAAUCCAGUCGGUAUAUAUCGAAACACGGUGAAAAGCGCGAGUUGAAAGCUCGGCACGUUGGUCUCAGCCAUCAAGGAUCACGGGUUCAGAUCUCGGUAAAGUGUACACCGUGGCCACGGCCAUUCGUGAUCCGCGGUUCUUGUCUCGUCUCAUCCCCAUCUCGUCGACAACGCGACUCGUCCCCAUCGUAAGACGAGGCACGGGUAAAAUUUAGUCAAUUUCUUCUUUCAUCAAAUUCGCGUAACGCGACGGAGGAAGUCGAACGAAGCCGUGAUUGCCAGCCACGGUUGCAACAACACUGCGACAUCUGGACAUCUUGGUCGCGAUCUACACGACGAGCCCGUAUCAUACGAUCGGCAACGCAUCGAGCCACGUCCAAGUUUUCUAGUUGACGUCACCUGAACCACCGCGCCAGAACACAGAGUCAACGCAAGCACGUUGAACCCGGCUGCUCCGUCAUGGACCCAGCAAGUGGACAAGCUUUGGCGCUUCGUCGUUGGACCAACUGGGUCUGUUCUGUUUUCUGAACACCCACCGUUGCUCCGGCAGUACUCUCUUUAUAUUUUUUUCUCUCUUACGUCUUCCACCAUCCGUAAGGCCGCCGCUCUUCACACAUAUUUACUACUCUGUCUUUUUUUCUCUCUCUUCCGAUGAGCCGUGCACGAUCAUAUGAUCGCGUCACGAUCUCACAAGUUGUUAUACUCACUGCCGCACUCAAGCAUACAUAUUAUUAUUACAUUACUCGUCCAUGCGCAUAUAUGUUUUCUCUUUAUAUAUAUAUACAUGUAUACAUACUAUUACUACUACUUCCUUCGCGUAUAUAUAUAUAUGAACACAUUGCCACACGCGCGCACACACACUAUUGCUAUAUGUGUACUCGUAUAUAUACACACACUACACAUAUAUUAUAUAAUCGUGUUAUAUGUUAGUGAAAGAGAGAGACCGGUAGAUUAUGGUAGGUCAGCCCUUCCCGUGAGUGAAUGAAUGUAAAUAGAUGGCGCGCCGCUGCCGGCCCCCGACCCCGCCCGCCCUCGUCAUACCCUUUCUUUGCGAUCACGACUAGCACCCCACCACCACCAUAGAUAGAUACCACAUAUUUAUAGCGUUUAUACAUUUAUACAAUACUUUAUAUAAAAUAAAGCAUCAGUAUUUAA